AUGGGUUGUUUCGCAAGCAAAAGCUCUGAGACGAAGGCGAGUAGAGUCUCACGGUGGCGAUCCACUGGCAUUGUUGCUCUGCGUGAUUCCAAAUUGAAGACUUUUCCGGAUGAAAUUAUUGAUUUAGACAGAACUGUACGCACUCUUGAUUUAACGCAUAAUCGAAUAGCUGACAUUCCUUUGGAAAUUAGCAAAUUGAUUAAUAUGCAGCGCAUGGUAUUAACAGACAACAUCAUUGAGAGACUGCCCGUGAAUUUGGGGAAACUUCAAUCUCUUAAGCUCAUGAACCUUGAUGGAAAUCGAAUUACUUCCUUGCCUGAUGAAUUGGGCCAGUUAGUAAGGCUUGAACGCUUAUCCAUCUCAGGGAAUUUGUUAACAUCCUUGCCGUCAACUAUUGGAAGUUUGAGAAACCUGUUGAUUUUAAACGUCUCAAAUAACAAGUUACAGUUCCUUCCAGAAUCUGUUGGGAGUUGCUUCUCUUUGGAAGAAUUACAAGCCGAUGAUAAUCUUAUUGAAGAUCUUCCUUCUUCAGUGUGCAAUCUCUCUCACUUGAAGUCACUUUGCUUAGACAACAAUAAUGUGAAGCAGAUUCCUCAGAAUCUAUUGAAAGAUUGCAAAGCUCUUCAGAACAUAUCACUGCAUGGUAAUCCUAUAUCGAUGGACCAAUUUCAACAGAUGGACGGGUUUCAAGAGUUUGAAGCAAGAAGAAAAAAGAAAUUUGACAAACAAAUUGAUUCAAAUGUAAUGAUUGGCUCCAAAGGUCUUGAUGAGGGUGUUGAUCUAUGA